CCACGGAGGAGUUUCUGGCAGUGUCUGUGGAAGGAAGGAGAAGGUGGAGUUCCCUCCCCCGCAGUCAGAACCCAAGUCGAAGGAGCAAAGUAGCAGGGAAUCUGUGUGAGAUUUAAUUAAUCCAAAGGGGGUCAAAUUAACGUGGAAUGGAGCAGGUUUCUUGAUGUCCUGUAGAAGGUUUUGUCAGUUCUUCACUUGGAGAACAGGAAAAAGUGCAAGAUAAAACCUCCUUGGAUUUUUGCAAGGUAGAGGAACAGUAGAACCCAGCAAAAACAUUAGCGAUCUAGGGGAGCAGAGUACUUCAUCGGGAGAGCGGAAAACUUGAACAUCUGAAGAGCAAAUGACUACGUCCUUGGUUUCUUUUGGAAUUAACAUGUCCGACGCCCUCGCGAAUGCCAUAUGCCAGCGCUGCCAGGCCCGCUUCGAUCCCUCCGAGAGAAUCGUGAACAGCAACGGGGAGCUGUAUCAUGAAAACUGCUUCGUCUGCGCCCAGUGCUUCCGGCAGUUUCCGGACGGACUCUUCUAUGAGUAUGAAGGCAGGAAAUACUGCGAACAUGACUUCCAAAUGUUGUUUGCCCCUUGCUGUGGAGCAUGUGGAGAAUUCAUUAUUGGGCGUGUAAUCAAGGCAAUGAACAAUAAUUGGCACCCGGAUUGCUUCCGCUGCGAGCUUUGCGAUGUGGCACUUGCUGACCUGGGCUUUGUGAAGAACGCUGGCAGGCACUUGUGCAGACCAUGCCACAACCGAGAGAAAGCCAAGGGCCUGGGCAAGUAUAUCUGCCAGAAGUGUCACCUGAUUAUCGACGAGCAGCCCCUGAUGUUCAAAAAUGAUUCGUACCAUCCAGACCACUUCAACUGCGUGCACUGUGGGAAGGAGCUGACUGCUGAAGCCAGAGAGCUGAAAGGAGAGCUCUACUGCCUGCCCUGCCAUGACAAGAUGGGGAUCCCCAUCUGCGGCGCCUGUCGCAGGCCCAUCGAAGGGCGCGUGGUCAACGCUCUGGGGAAGCAGUGGCACGUCGAGCAUUUUGUGUGCGCCAAAUGUGAGAAGCCAUUUCUGGGUCAUCGACACUAUGAGAAGAAGGGUCUGGCGUACUGUGAGACCCACUACAACCAGCUCUUUGGAGACGUCUGCUACAACUGCAGUCACGUGAUCGAGGGAGACGUGGUGUCAGCUCUCAACAAGGCCUGGUGUGUGAACUGCUUCUCCUGUUCCACCUGCAAUAUCAAGCUCACCCUGAAGAACAAGUUUGUGGAGUUUGACAUGAAGCCAGUGUGCAAGAAAUGCUAUGAGAGAUUUCCACUGGAGCUGAAGAAACGCCUGAAGAAGCUGUCUGAGCUGGCUUCCAGGAAAGCUCAUCCCAAGUCUGUGGACUUAAACUCUGCCUGAACCAAACAACACUGUCCUCCUCACUGCGCCUUCAUCUUCUCCUCACAGCCUGCAGCUCCUGGGAGUAGAGGUAUCUGUCGAAAUCGGCUAAAAUGAAUCAAACAUAAAUAGUGCCUCCUCCAGCUAUGCUUACCUUGGUUCCCCGCCCCCCCUGCCGCUGCAAAUGGCCUUUAAUUAGGGAGCCACAAAAGCCACUUGAGCAAGAUGGGCAACUGGCAGCUCACUUUGGCAAUGGGCACAGGUGUUAGCCUAGUGGUUAAGCCAUUUGCCAUUCCUUUCCAAAUCCCUCCCUAUCCCUGCGUAUGUGGAAUGAGCUUCGGUGCAGCUUGGAAACUGCUCUUGGCGGGCAAGAUGACCGGAGAGGUUGUCUUCCCUCUUCUAACUCUGAAAUUUUCGGGGGACUUCAGUGGGAAGCCAAGUCCCUCAUUCCAGCCAUUUAUUUGGACACCUGAGAUGGCUGCAGAACCCCAUCCUACAUAUAUCUUGAUGGUACUGCUGUUGCCUCCUGGUUUUGGGGAUUGCCCGGGGGCUUGAAAAGCGGCCCAGCUUCUUGAUGGGUGAAUGUCCUCUUCACUGUCCUGAGCAUUGGAGGACCGAGACUCGGCAGAGGAGCUGGGGAAGCCCCCGCCGGCCUGCCCUCUCUAAUCGAGGACAUUCACUAGCUCGGGAAAAGGUAGCUAUCUCACCGUUACCCUGGCCGUUCUUUGGACUUUGGUCGGAAAAUGCCAACUGAGAUUGAAUUAUCCUCACUGGCCUGGUUUGUCUAGAGCAGGUGUCCUUUUGGAGAUCAUUUCUCAUUUGGAGUAAAAUCUGGCUGGGGCCUGAGGACCAAUCUAACAACAAUCUUGGAUUGUGCCAGGGACACCCUGUCUACAGCCCCUAAGUUCUGCCAUCAAGGCUACCCCAAGAGCGUGACAGCAGCCGAUUGACAGUUAGUAUUUCAGGUUCUUCCACCACCUCCCGCAUCUCCUCACCCUUGGUCAGCUGAGUGGCCCAGGCUGCCUCCAGGGAGUCCCAGCUAUUAGGCUGGAGGGCUCUUGGCCUAAUCGUGGAAGCAGAUGGUCUAGUGGAAAGAGCAUGGGUCUGGGAGGCAGGAUGCCUGGAUUCUGAUCCCGGCUCGGCCCCGAUCUGCUGUUUGCCCUUGGGGAAAGUCAGUUAAUUUCUCUGUGUCUCAGUUUCCUCAUCUCCCUACCUCUCAGGGAUGGUGCGAGGCCAAAAUAGCUCAGUAAUGGAAAAGCGCUUUGGCAAAAUAAAAGCACCGUUUCAAGUCUAGAUAUUAUUUUUAUUAGGAGACACACAUUUAUGAGCACAACUGUAUUGCAAUCUUGCAUGGAAGAUUGAAAUGUGAGAGGCUGGAUUUAUGAGCACGUCUCUUAAUUGGCCCAAGCAAUAUUUGUUCGACUGAGUUAUAUGAGUAACUGGCAAAGCAUCCGCUGGGCUCAGUUGGGGAGUCUUCACAUUCAGCUCUGAGGUGAGGAAGAAACCCACUUCAGAAUUGUUCAGGCCAUUCAAGGAUCAGCUUGACCCCUUCUCUCUCACCUGUGCUAAUGAGACUGCUCCUGAAAACUAAAGCUACCGUUGUCAUCUAGAUAGUGGAGUUGAAACUUGACUGUCUCUGUUUCUUCCUGUCAAAAUGCUCCCUGGCUCCUAGGUGAGGAACCUUUGCUCAUCUGGUGGAAUGCUCAGCUCUCUCCCUCCCUCAGGGUGCAAUCCUAAUGCUCACUUUCUCUCAAUUUCUCCCAAUCCCAAUCUCCCAGCUGUCUUUGGUCAGCGAACGAGCCGACAAUCUCUUUCAGUUAACACUUCUGGAUGUGGUGGUAUCACUCCAGCCCAUCGUAAACACCAUCAAAGAAAGGAUUAAUCAUUUAGGCCACGCUGUAAUCACAUAUUUUGGUGGCCUGAAUCUAAAUCCGCCGCUAAUCUUGUUCUCUUGCUGAUUGUAAAUGCUUCCAUCUGGGUUGGAUAGAGGAAUGACCCUGUAAGAGUCACCUGCCUUCCGGUGUUCUCCAGGGCCCUGAAGAGGAGGAGAAGACAGGUCGACGUCCAAUUAGAUCCCAUAGCAGCUGAUACUCCUUAGGCGGUGUUCCAAUUCCUUGAUCCAAGUUGCUAGAUGUCUUAUUCUCUAGGAGAACAGUUAUUACCCUGGGCCCCCUUAGAGUUUUGGCCAAACCACCCAGAGUGAUUUGGGUGAUAGUUGAAAGAAUCCUCCCUUGCAGAGUUCUGGAUAAAUCGGAAUACAUAGCCAUUUGAGUUUAAAAGGCCUCAAGAGGCAGAGAAGAGACAUCUCAAAACAAAAGCAGGUUGGUCACUUUCCCAAAGGAGAGCAGGCUAAUUUCUUCUGAGAUGAGUUCUUGCCCUCCUAAAGUGAGGGGUCAGUCAGCCAAUCAUAUUUAUUGAGCGCUUCCUGUAUGCCAAACACUGUACUAAGGGCUUGGGCGAGUAGAGGGCAACAACAAACGGACGCACUCCCUGCCCACAAUGGGCUUACGGCCUAGAGGAGCUUACAGUCUGCAGACGAUGUUGAGGGGGGAGGAUGAGGGGGCAAGAAGAUCUCCAGGAAUAGCAAUGGGCACUCUCCACUGUUCCUGUGAGGAAAUGAAUGACCCAUUACCGUUUUGAUUCGGCAGCGACGCGUUUCAAUGGCAGUGGUCACUCUAGCCCGCAUAAGAUCCACAUUCCGAUGCACCCUAUCCAGAUGGGCAGCCAGACACAGUUUGGUCAUUUCCAUGGCCAGCUCCAGCUAAUUUAGAAUACCUUUUUUUUAAUACCAAAAUCUGCUGUCACGCAACCAACUUUUAUAGUUUUAAAGUCUAUAUUUUAUAUACAUAAUAUAUAUAUAUAUAUAUUAUAUAUUAUAAAGCACCAAUACUCACUGACUACACUUGAAAAUGGCAGUGCUUCAGAAACCUGAAAUAUAUAUGUGUGUGUGUCUCAUUACCCAAAGGGAACACUAGAUGCUUUUUUAACCUAAUUUCAAGCCAAAUAUGAGCAGAUAUCAGUUUGGAUUACACUCUGCGUCUUUCCCCCUCUAAAGAAGAAGACUUCUGUACGGCCUUCUGUUGCUCAGUCGCGUAUCCGUCUGCCACAUCUUUCUAUUGGGCAAAGCUGGCACUGGGGUUUAGCGUGGAAAUGGAUGUUUUCAACCAAGAAGCAGUUUGGGCGGUUUUCACUGAUGUGUUUCGUACAGGAAAAUCAUAGGCCCCUUAGAAUCACCAUCACAGGGAGAGGGUCAAGAUGAUUUCUUAGGUUCAGUCUGAACCGAGCCUGCCGUGAAUAGUGGGUCUGUUAAUUUUGGCUUGUGGCCUGGAACUGUCCAAGUCGGAGGCUAUUGGAACCAAUGUGCUCCUGCUUUAUGCACCAGUAUUACCCAUUUAACAGUGCACUUAAAAUUAACUGUGGCCAAUUAUAAUUGCUCAUCACAAUAAAAGUGUAUAAGAAUGAAAA